AUGGCAGACACAGAACAGGGAAAUCAAACCUCCCUCACAGAGUUCAUCCUCCUGGGAUUUGGGACUGCCCUCAAACGGGAGACUCUUCUAUUUCUGGUGUUCCUUGUGAUUUACAUUGUGACCAUGGCUGGGAACAUCCUCAUUGUUGUGCUAAUUGUGACUGAUCAGCACCUUCACACCCCCAUGUACUUCUUCCUGGGGAACUUGGCUUGCUUGGAGGCCUGUUACAUCUCCACCCUCCUGCCCAGGAUGCUGGUCAGUUUCCUGACUGGGGACAAGACCAUUUCUGUUGGUGGCUGCAUCACACAAUGUUACUUUGUUGGCUUCUUUGCAGCCACUGAGUGUUAUCUCCUGGCAGCAAUGUCUUAUGAUCGGUACCUAACGAUAUGCAAACCACUGCAUUAUGCAACCCUUAUGAAUGGCAGUUUCUGCCUCCAGCUAGUAGCUGGGUCUUGGAUAAGAGCGUUGAUAGCUAGUUCCACAGUAAUUCUUAUGAUGUUACAAUUAACUUUCUGCGGCCCCAAUGAAAUUGAUCAUUUCUUCUGUGAAUUUACACAAAUAAUAAAUCUCUAUCGCAACGACAUCUACCAGGUGGAGCUUUUACUUAGCAUUCUGUCUGCUUUAUUCACCCUGCCCCCAUUUGCUUUAACUGGGACAUCCUACCUGUGUAUCAUCUCCACCAUCCUGCGAAUCCCUUCCACCACCGGGAGGCAAAAGGCAUUUUCUACCUGA